CCAAGCGUUCUUUCAUUGUUGCAUGACUUAUCAUGGAUGGAUUAACAAUAGAGGGAUGACCGGAUGAGGACAGUGAUUUAUUUAUCCGAGCUUAUAUUUAUUGAUCAGGUUUAGAUCAUAUUGUGUUUAUACUAAAAUCAUUGAUUGUACUAACUAUUGGUUUAUGACGAUAAAUUGUUCAUUAAUUGAAGAAUCCAAACUGAAAGAACUUUUGGCUACAAAAUGUAGACUUUCUCGGUUUGUAUUAUGUUCUCGGAAAGAAAAUUACACAGGUAACACCUGGGAGUGGAUAAUGUCACUGUUAUUACCUGCAAAGUAACAGGAUUUUCCUCUUUCCUGGAAAGAAAGUUUAAUGAAACAUUGAGCCCACCAUGGGGAAAUGUUUACUUGAAUGAGAGCUCCUUGCUUACAAACAAGUAUUAAAUAAACAUGUUUCAAUCAACUUCAUAAAGUUUUUAUUGACACAAGAGAUGGUAACUUGAUAAUAAUAAAAAAAGGGUUUAUAGAAUGUAAUUUCUGAGGAGUAACAGUAUAAAUAAACUCUGUGCUCUUGUUAUGUUUAAGUUUAUGCUUACGCAUUUUGCCACCGCCUCAAACUAAGGUUCAAGUCAUCAUUCGAGGCUUAAUGAAACCAGAAGCCAUAAAGGUCAAACACAUUUCCGCGUUCUGAAUUAAAUUGUCGUUUACUUUGAAAUUUCAACUCAUACUGAAAAUUAAGUUCUUUUCACACUGCAGAAAUUUAUCAAGGAAGUUCAAUCCUUCGACCCAAUAUGGCACUUCCAGAAAGUUGCAAAGUAAUGCUCAAUCCCAAAAUGUAAUUCACAUUUGAAACGAACAAUGGGAAAUGGAAGGUCUCCACGGAAGCAAUGUUCAGCAUUCCCAGAGGGACUAUGCCGACAAUUCUCACUUGAGGAGAUUAAAGCUGCUAUCAACAGCUUCCGUGAAGACUUUCUCCUUGGUCGUGGUGGUUUUGGAGAUCUAUACAAAGGAAUCAUUGAUGAUGGGACUAUGGCAGUUACUAUUGAGCGCUUUGGGCCAUUUGGACUGCGAGGAGGUCGUGAAUUCCGAACCGAGGUGCAGUUACUGUGUCAGCUACGACACCCGAAUCUUGUCUCUUUCAUCGGAUUCUGCGACGAAGAAGAUGAAAAGCUUCUGGUUUAUGAAUAUAUAAGCAAUGGUUCACUUGAUAAACAUCUUUAUGGAAAUCGUUCUAAUGAUCCACUCUCCUGGAAGCGGAGGCUAACGAUAUGCAGUGGUGCAGCCCGUGGGUUGCAUUACCUUCAUUCAGGAGCAAAGCAUUCGAUAAUCCAUCGUAACAUCAGGAGCCGAAACAUUCUAUUGGAUGACGAAUGGAAUCCUAAGCUUUCCGAUCUUAGCCUGUCAAAGAUGAGCCAAGCUGGUUCUCCUACUGGCUCUUUGAACAUCAAAAUACCAGUUACCGUCGUUCAUAUGGAUCCAGAGUGUUAUAUAACUGGCCGUAUAACCAGAAAAACUGAUGUUUACGCUUUUGGGAUUGUUUUGUUUGAGGUGUUAUGCGGAAGGAAGGCAAUUGAUCUAACAUUGGAAGGGAUUAAAAAAAGUUUAACUUCUUGGGAUAGUAAAUGUAUCGAAAACGGGACUGUCUAUGACAUCAUUGAUCCUUAUUUGAAGAAGAAAAUAGCCCCUCAAUGUUUCGAGAAAUUUGUGGAGAUUGCCUAUUGUUGUGUUUGCCAGACUGGUAAGGGACGACCUGAGAUGGGGGAAGUAGAGAUGGCACUAGAGGCCGCAUUGGAGCUUCAGAAAAUAGCUGAUUCGGAGAAGGAGAGCGUCGAUCAUCAAGGUGAAUACGAGUAUGAAGAACUGCUACCUUGUCUAUUUGUCAGGAAGGAUAUUCCUGAUUAUGGUGGAAACGUAGUGGAACAGGAAAUUGAUAGCUGUUCUGAUGAUGAAGAUAGCACGAUUUCGGAUUCGUUCUAGAUUCUGAAGUGAUACAACUAGCAACGAUAUUGAAUCAGGGAUAAACAAUGAGAAAUCUAUUACUGAAACUCUAAUUCUUUACUUGUUCAAUUAAAGGUGGGUGCCAUUUGUUCAUCCUUCAAUAAAGAUAUGUAUUCCACAAUCAGAAUUCUGCUCCGCCUAAUCAUUGCAAUGAAGCUGGCUGGUCCUACAUGGGAAAUUUGGCAGAAAACAAGCAAUUAGUGAUUACUAUAUAUACUGUCCUGAGGCCUAAAUUGGUUUCAAAGCAGCUAUGGCGUUCAACUUUCAGAAUAAUAUAUGUUUAAAGUGAUGUCCUGGUAAAUCCUUUCUCAGAUGGGACUACUCUUAGCACUCUUAGGACAUUCCCCCCUCCUUUUUCUUAUUCUAUAUUUCUUUUCCCAGUUAAAUGAAAAUAAGGUCACCUUGCUCUGUAAAUCUUAACACUCUGACAUUAAUUAGCUUCUUUGCUAUAAUCUGUUCAUUAAAUUGUGAGAUAUGGACGAUGAAUCGUGCAAAUUCAAAUACAUGUGGAUAUUUUAUUUGUUUAUUUUUAUGGAUUCAGAUUUAUAGAAUUCAAUUUCCUUUUGCAGAUAACUAGAUUUAGAUUUCUGAAUCAGGUAUACUAUCGCGGAUUAUGGAUUCGGAUUUUUCCUUUUGCAGGGUAGAUGUUCGAUAAAUUGUUUGAAUGGGAUUAAUAUUCUUUUGUAGAUGUCUAGUAACAGUCAACUAAAGAGCAAUCUUAGCCGAGUUUGGUUGUAUGUUGAGUUGUCAAAGUUAUUUGUUCAAGACCAUUCCUUCUCUUGGUCGCAUUUUGCAGUUCUUGCUUUGCUUAAUUGAAAUCAUAGAUUGCAAACUUGAUGUCUUUAUUAGGCCACUGCAGGCAAAGCAGAAAAUUUUAGAAUCCCAAAAUUUGAGUAGCUCAAAGUCCAAUCCCUAUUGUGAGGAUGAGGAGACCCAUGCUGUCAAAAGGGCCACUCCAGGUAAUAGAAGCAUACUGCUCUGAUGAG